AUGUUCCGCAGCGGUAACAAUACUGGGCCAGGGCCAGCCGGCAUUCAGAAAACCGCCAAUGGUACUUCGGCAUUGACUGAGAAGUAUCGUCGUAAUGGGAAGCUGCAGUCUUGUCCUGAUGCCAACCAUGCUCAAUGCCAGCCGUUUCACCGUGCAGCUUCAGCGCCUCCUCUGGACUACCAGAGACCACCUGAUGCCCGCAGGAACACGGGCUUUGAAGGACCAACCUCUCAUCUCAGCAUUCUCACGGAAACACUGGUUGCCCUCGAUCCAGAACCCACCGGUCUGGAGACACUAGACCAGCAGCAGAACAUUGUCAUCACCAACGCAAGGAUUACGCAAGGCUGCUCGCUCCUGUCCUUUUUCAAGAACAGAAGUAUGAUCACUCACUUCAUGGCCAAGUACUACGAGCUUUCCGAAGGUGCCGAGGGGCUCGUCAUAGCCCCAAUCAUGAAAGAAUGGCUCCACCAGCUCUGGUUCGUCCAUGCCGACACGCUCGCACGCCAAGACCCCGUCAAGAUUCGGAAGCUGAGUGAACGGAUCUGGCGGAACACCCUGACCCCUAUCGAGUUCGAUGGGAACACUACGGCAAUGGAGUACGCACGUGCGGGCAGUGGCCUGAACCUGCGAUGGGAGGUGUUGGGUCUCAUCUGCUCCAACGUCUCCUUCGCUUUGGUCGAGACGCCCUCGUCUGACAAGAUCUUCAUCGAUCACCAGGUCAGCCGGGUCUGCCUGAUAGAUAUGAUGAGGGAGAUCUCAGAAAAGUGUCUGGUAUUUUGUCGUUAUUGCGAGGUACUAGACGACAUGUUUGUCUGGCUCCUCGUGGACUACUCCAUCAACAUCCAAGUCAUCAAGGGCGACCGCCAGUACGCCACAUACCGGGCCUCGGGCGAGGCACACAGCGCCGUCAUUGCCCUGGGUCUUCACCAGGGGACCAAGGCCAACAAGAAAGUGCCAUUCUUUAUGGCCGAGCUGCGCAAGCUCACGUUCCUCGCGGCUUAUUUCUGCGAGAUCAGCCUCGCCACAAGUCUGGGGCGUCCACCUCGUUUAUCAUACCGGUACUGCAACGUCGAGCCACCUCUUGAUCUGAGCGAGCCUGAAAUGGUCCAGACUGGGACGGAUCUCGCUGCCACACUCGCAUCGCUCGACGACGAUGGCUAUAAUAAGGCGGAGGUCUUGCGGAAUACCACCAGUAUACGAGCCUACGUGAAGUACGUCCACCGACGCGAAGACGUUGUAGACCUCGCACUGGGCCAGUACACGCGCGACGAAGUGCUCGCACGCGCCAAGACUAUCCAGGAGAAGAACGAAGCGCACCUGGCGUCUCUGCCGCCGUGGGUGCGGGAGAUCUUCAUGGAACCGCUCGACUUCAGCGGCAAGGACGCAGACCUCAAGCCGCUGGUGGCCGUGCGGCGGGGCGCGCUCCGCACAGGGCGGCUGUCCAACGAGAUCCUCCUGCAGCGCGUGCUGAUCCGCAAGGCGGGAGCGAGCUCCGAGAAGCUCACACAGGCGGCGCUGGCCGUGUUCCGCGACGUGCUGCAGAUCACAGGGCGGCACGACAUCGCGAUGCGGUUCCAGGCAAGCUACAACGUGUACCUGUGCGCGCACGGCCUGCGCAGCGCGGCCAUCGUGGCCAUCGAGCUGCUGAAACAGGAGAUGGCGCCGCAGUACCCCGAGAACCCGGCCCUGCCGAGGAGCCAGACGAUCCAGGACCUCGCCGUGUUCGCGUCGAGGCUGGCGGCGGUCGACACGAGCGACGGGUCGUAUCAGCUGUGUGAGCAGGGCCACCGCGUCAUCUCCAAGAUCCUCGACCGCAUCUUGAGCCCACAGGGUGCUGCUGAGAGGCAGCGUGACGAGGCUGGACGCUCGAGAAUAGAUGUGACGCAGGCGCAGCCUCCGAAUGGUGGUCAUGGCGGCGGCGACGGCGGCGAGGAGUCACAGGGUAUGAUGGCCGGCCAGAUGGAUGUCGAUAUGUCGUUGAACGCCAUCGUACCUCCGCUGAAUCCUAUGGCUAUGAUGACGGAUUUCGCGGGGUACGGAAUGAUUGAUACUGGAAUUGGCGUGGGGGCUCCUAUGAGUUUAGGGCACGACACUGACUUUAUGGCAUGGCUUCAGGGGAUGAAUUGGGAGCCAAUGGACAACUGGAGUAUGUGA